AUGACCACCGGUCCCUCGUGCUCACCCCCGGCUCGCCAAAAAUUAGCUUUCGCUCCGUGUAAAAUGGACAAGCCAGUUCAACUCGCCAGAGUCACCAAGGUCCUCGGCCGCACCGGAUCCCAAGGACAAUGUACACAGGUCCGCGUCGAAUUCAUCGGAGACAACACCAACCGAUCGAUCAUCCGCAACGUCAAGGGACCCGUUAGAGAAGGAGACAUCCUGACCCUCCUCGAGGCUGAGCGCGAAGCCCGCCGUCUCCGC